AUGUGCUCUAGUCUGGAGUCUGACCCUCUUGCCGGAACCAUGACCCCCGAUUCCCUUGAACUCCGGACUCCCCGUCCCCCCCGAGGGGGGGACUCUAAUGCUAUACAAACAAUCGGCAAAAGCGUCACCAAAGGCUUUCCACCUGCCCCCCUUUCGUGCAAUCGUGACUUGCCCCCUUUCCCGCCCGGCCCGGUUAUUGGAGAUCUAAUCGCGGCCGGCGUAGUUGGGCACAAAAGGGAUCACAAACGCCGAAACGGUACCGGCCGGACUUGCCUCCGUCAACACCCCCAGCCCAUUGCACACCCCGACACAAACGGCCUCACCGCUGACCUGCAACCAGAGCCCGUGGGCUCGGCCACGGUUGUACUCCAAUCAUUUUUCCAUCUCAACCUGCAGGUAACCACAACCUUUGUCGUACAUGCGCCAGAAAAACUGGCUCCGAGAAACUCAGCCAACCCGCCCAAUGUCCCGUCGACCGAUGGCCCAUCUGCCGGUGACAAGUUUCGCAUUCAUGUCGGCAUUCACGGCUAUGAACACACUCUACUCGAAGGGUGGGCCUCGAACUUGGCUCUUUCGCAGGGACGCAUCUUCUUAUGGUUCGGGAGUCACUUGGUCCUCUUUGAAAGGAGGCAAGGCUAA